AUGUUCUCCAACAAACAAGUUAAUAAGAUUAUCUUCCCUUAUUCAAUUUAUCUGUGUAUAUUACUGAUCAUCAGUGUUGAAUGUCGUAACAUGAAUAAACAUUGUGAUAGGAAAUCUAGAAAUAGACCUAUUCUGGAACCAGAUGAAUUAUCAAUAAUGGUGGAUAAACCAGGAUCUGAUGAGAUAAAUAAUAAGGGAAUUCCGAUGGCAAAUGAUGAAAUGAAUGAUAUACCGAUACGAUUUUUUGGUUGAAUUGGGUCGAUAGAAUGAAUUUAUCCUUAUGAUUAAUUUUUCUUCAAAUGUAAUUUAUCUUUAUUCAGGUUGAUAAAAAAAAUAUAAUGAC